GAUAAUCAUCGCAGAAUCUCCGACAAAAAAUAACCUUGGUUAAUAAGUACGUACGUGAACAGAUAAAAAUCCCAAUGAUUAGGAAAUUCCUUCGGCAAGGUUUUUCUUUAUUAGAAAGUACCUCCUUCCUAGAGUGCGGGUCGCGAGCAACGAAUUUGUUAAACGCCAAAUUUUUAAAAUCAAAAAUGGGUUGCUCAACUUCAAAAGUAGUUCAAAUAAGCGAAACAGCACCGUCUCAAGACCAACAGGAGGAAUAUGUGGAAGGUGUCGUAUGCAAUGUUAAUGACUUACAAGAAAAUGAACUGAAAACAGUGGAAUUAGAUGAAGGGAAAGUUCUUCUGGUCAAACAGAAAGGUGUUAUUAGUGCAAUAGGUCCAAAAUGUACUCACUACGGAGCUCCUCUAGUAUCCAGCGCUUUGGGAGAUGGAAGAGUACGUUGUCAAUGGCACGGUGCCUGUUUCAACAUUCUUACCGGCGACAUAGAAGAUUUUCCAGGUUUAGAUUCGUUGCCUUGUUAUAAAGUGACAAUAGAAGAUGAUAAAGUGAAAGUUCGAGCGAAAAAGUCGGAGUUGCGUACGAAUAAACGGGUUAAGAGAAUGGUUAAAAAGGAUAUGAAAGAAGACCAGCAUAUUGUUGUUAUUGGAGGUGGGCCAUCAGGAGCUACUUGCGUCGAAACGCUACGACAGGAAGGAUAUACUGGACGCUUAUCGUUUGUGUGUAAAGAAAAUUAUCUGCCGUAUGAUAGGGUAAAAGUUAGUAAAUCCAUGGACUUCGACGUUCAACAUGCAUCUCUUAGAGACGAAGACUUUUAUAAACAAUACGAUAUUGAAGUACUUAAAGGAGUCGAAGCUACUGCUGUAGAUUCCAGUAAUCAUAGCGUUACGUUAAGUAAUGGAAAAGCAUUAAACUACGAUAAACUCUUCAUUGCUACUGGCAGUCUUGCAAGAAAGUUAAACGUACCUGGUAGCGAUUUGAAGAACGUUGUAACCCUUAGAGAAUAUAGCGAUGCUCAGUACACUUUCUCACAACUUUCCGAAGAUAAAGAAGUUGUCGUAUUGGGAAGCAGUUUUAUAGCGUUAGAAGCUGCAAAUUACUGUCAAAGCAAAACGAAAAAGGUAACAGUGAUAAUGAGGGGAGAUUUACCUUUCCAGCCGCUUUUGGGACCAGACGUAGGAAAAGUAUUUAUGAAAUUGUUCGAAGACAAGGGAGUACACUUUGUAACUAAAAAUACUAUAACAGAAAUUAAAGACGAUGGGAAUGGAAAUGUUACAGAGGUUGUCUUACAAGAUGGUUCUACGCUCAAGGCUGAUUUAGUGAUAAUGGGAGUAGGAAGUACUUUUGCCACCGAUUUUCUUAAAAACUCAGGUGUUGAAUUACGGUCAGAUGGAUCGGUGGAUGUCAACGAAUAUCUUCAGUCUAAUAUUUCAGACGUAUAUGUCGGUGGUGAUAUAGCCUAUGCACCUGUUUGGUCACACCAUAAUAAGAAGUCCGCAAUAGGUCACUAUCCUUUAGCUCAUUAUCAUGGAAAAAUUGCUGCUUUGAAUAUUAUUGGAAAACGUACCCCAUUAAAAGCGGUGCCUUACUUUUGGACUAUGUUGUAUGGAAAAGGAAUAAGAUAUGCUGGUCACGGCGAGUACGAUGAUAUUAUUUACCAUGGUGAUGUAUCCCAGUACAAAUUUGUAGCAUUCUACUUAAAAGACGAUAUAGUGGUAGCGACAAGUUCUUGCGGAAUGGAUCCCAUCGUUUCCCAAUUUGCCGAACUUUUAGCACAGAACAAGAAGAUCACCAAAGAAGAACUUCAAGAUGAAGAUCUUCUAACCUGGCGGAAUAGGGUUAUUCCUCAAUAAACAAAUUUACUAAAUUGUGGCUUGUUUAGUAGCUAACAUGAUAAAAUCAGUUGAUAACUUGGUAAUGAAAAAAUAACUUAAAAAAUAACUCAGAAUUUUAAGGAAAAGUUAUUUCUAUUGUUGUUGUUUUUUCACCAUGUUAUUUACUUUUUCCUAACCACAUUAUUGCUUUGUGAUACUCAUACAAGUAUUGUAAUUUGUUCCUACGAGUAUGUAUACACGUAAACAUUUUUUAAUUCAGUUUUCUGUUUCUAAUGUUUUAUAUGUUAUUGUAGAGAGUUUAAAUCUUUUAUAAAUAGUGUAAGAAAGCCUAUAGAUGUUGAAUACAUGACUUUAUUUUUUAUAUAUAAUUAAAAGUUAUUCCAUGGUAUAUCAAUUUUUUGUACUAUAAUAUAUUAACACAACAUAUUCCCAAUCAAGAGUUUGGGGAGCAGUGUAAAAAC